CAUCCAGCUUCCGUCUCUCCCCGUGUCCAGCCAUGGCGUCGUCUUCCAUCUCCUCUUUCGCUCUCCGCCGCGUCGCCUCUCCCAAGCUCCUCCCAAAUUCGUCGUCCUCUUUCCCUUCCAACGCCUCCUCCUUCCUUUGCCUAUCAAGAUCGCUCCUUUUCUCCUCCCCAAUCUCCUUCCAAUCUCUCCCAAGAUCCUCCCUUAUCCCCCUCCGAGCCCAGCAGCAGCAGCAGCAGCAGCAGCAGCGGCAGCAUGACCAAGAUUUGGAAUCCGUGGACGCCUCCCUCCUCCCUCCCAAGCUGCGCGACAUCAUCGCCCUCUUCCAGUCGGUCCCCGAGCCGAAAGCCAAGUACCAGCAGCUGCUCCACUACGGCGCCCGGCUGCCGCCGCUCGACCCCGCGUUCAAGACCGACGCCCACCGCGUACGCGGCUGUGUAUCCCAGGUCUGGGUCCGCGCCUUCGCCGACCCUGACGACCCGACCGCCGUCCGCUUCGAGGCCGAUUCGGACUCCGCCCUCACCAAGGGCCUCGCCGCCCUUCUCGUAUUCGGCCUCUCUGGAUCCCCCGCCACCGUCAUCGCCCGCGUGCCGCCCGACUUCGUCCAACUCCUCGGCCUCCGCCAGAGCCUCACCCCGUCCAGGAACAACGGGUUCCUCAACAUGCUCAAGCUCAUGCAGCAGAAGGCCGUCCAGCUGUACAUCGAAUCUGCCGAGACCGGCGAAAGUAAACCUGUAGAAUCCAAGACUGCAAGCACAACAAGUAAAGAAGAGAAAAAUUCAAUUUUGGGUGGCGAAGCCGAGGAAGUCCCCGGAGAAUCGGCCUCACGGGUCAACGGUAACUCAAAUCUCGCUGAUAAGGAUGAGACAUCGGAAAGGGAUGAUAUUGGUGGAAGAAAGAAGAGAAUCGUCGAGAGAUUGCAACAAGGGCUAUCUCCGUCUGAAUUGGAGGUGGAGGAUGUAUCUUAUCUCCACGCAGGCCACGCCGGAGUCAGGGGAAGCACUGAUGGAGAGACGCAUUUCAAUGUCAGGGUGAUCACGAAGGAGUUCGAAGGGAAAAGCUUGGUGAAGAGGCACAGGCUUAUCUAUGACCUGCUGCAAGAGGAGUUGCAAAGUGGAUUGCAUGCACUGUCCAUUGAUGCCAAGACUCCAUCAGAAGCUCACUCUGGCUAAAGAUCUCUAGCAAAGAAAAAGAGAAAACGAGAGAGACUAAGCAAUAGAUGGUAUGCAUUUAGUGAAUAUGUGAUGUUAUUUUCAAGUUUAAUGAUUGCUGAUUGUUGUAAUGUUAGUUCAUGUUAUCGUGCGUUGAGUUUCCAAAUAUGUAUCUUUUCCUUGUUUCUGCUCCA